CGCUCCGCAGCCUGAAGCUGGAGUGCGAGAAGCUGCUGAGCGAGAAGACCGAGAUGCAGCGGCACUAUGUCAUGUACUACGAGAUGUCCUACGGGCUGAACAUCGAGAUGCACAAGCAGGCAGAGAUCGUCAAGAGGCUGAGUGCCAUCUGCGCCCAGAUUGUGCCUUUCCUGACGCAGGAGCACCAGCAGCAGGUCCUGCAGGCGGUGGAGCGGGCCAAGCAGGUCACCAUGGGAGAGCUCAACAGCAUCGUUGGGCAGCAGCAGCUGCAGCACCUCUCCCACCACCCCCCCCAGCUGCCGCUGACCCCACACCCCUCUGGCACACACAGCGUGCCUGGGGGGGCUGCGGGGCUGCUGGCCCUCUCGGGGGCACUGAUGGCACAGUCGCAGCUGGCGGCCAAGGAGGAGAAAGCAGCACAGGAGAGCAGAGAGCGCAGCCCCAGCCAAAGCGUGUCAGCGUCUCCUCCUGAGAGCCCUCCCGACGAGGAGCCGGGGCUGAAGCGGAGCCAGGAGGAGAAGGAGCUGCCUGGGCACUAUGACAGCGACGGGGACAAGAGCGACUACAACCUGGUGGUGGACGAGGACCCCCCCUCGGAGCCCGGCAGCCCUGGCAGCCGCCCCCCCCCAGCCCGGGACGUCCCCGAGAGCCCGAGCUCCAGCCGGAGCGCGACCCCGUGCCGACGGAAGGAGCCGGGGCUGCCGGACCCCCCCGUCGCCAUGUCCUCCUCGUCCCCCCCGCCCCGCGAUGCCCUCACGCCCGGUGUGGGGCCCAGCUCGGCCGCCCUUCCCCGGCAGCCUGCAGCCAAGGACCCCCCCGCUCUCCGCAGCCCCUCCGUCAGCGUCUCUGGCCCCUUCACCUCCCUGGGCCUGCUGCCCCACGCCCUCAAUGGCGAGCUCCCGACCCCCAGCAUCUACGUGGGCCUGCACCUCCCGCCGCAGGUCAGCAGCGCUGGGUACGGGCGCUCAGCCGUGGUGGCUUUCGAGUCGCACCCGCACCUGAGGGCCUCCACGCUGCCAUCGUCGCUCUCCACCGUCCCCGCGGGGAAACCCGCCUACUCCUUCCACGUCAGCGCCGACGGGCAGAUGCAGCCGGUGCCGUUCCCCCCCGACGCCCUCCUGGGCUCCGGCAUCCCCCGGCACGCGCGGCAGCUGCACAGCCUGGCCCACGGCGAGGUGGUCUGCGCCGUCACCAUCAGCAACUCCACGCGCCACGUCUACACCGGGGGCAAGGGCUGCGUGAAGGUGUGGGACGUGGGGCAGCCGGGCACCAAGACGGCCGUGGCACAGCUGGACUGCUUGAACCGCGACAACUACAUCCGCUCCUGCAAGCUGCUCCCCGACGGCCGCAGCCUGAUCGUGGGGGGGGAGGCCAGCACCCUGUCCAUCUGGGACCUGGCGGCCCCCACGCCCCGCAUCAAGGCCGAGCUCACCUCCUCCGCCCCCGCCUGCUAUGCCCUGGCCAUCAGCCCCGAUGCCAAAGUCUGCUUCUCCUGCUGCAGCGACGGCAACAUCGUGGUGUGGGACCUGCAGAACCAGACCAUGGUGAGGCAGUUCCAAGGCCACACGGACGGUGCCAGCUGCAUCGACAUCUCUAACUACGGCACCAAGCUGUGGACGGGGGGGCUGGACAACACGGUGCGCUGCUGGGACCUGCGGGAGGGGCGGCAGCUGCAGCAGCACGACUUCAGCUCCCAGAUCUUCUCCCUGGGGCACUGCCCGACGGGCGAGUGGCUGGCGGUGGGCAUGGAGAGCAGCAACGUGGAGAUCCUGCACGUCUCCAAGCCCGACAAGUACCAGCUGCACCUCCACGAGAGCUGCGUCCUCUCCCUCAAGUUCGCCGCCUGCGGGAAGUGGUUUGUGAGCACGGGGAAGGACAACCUGCUCAACGCCUGGCGCACGCCCUACGGAGCCAGCAUCUUCCAGUCCAAAGAAUCUUCUUCGGUGCUGAGCUGUGACAUUUCCAUCAAUGACAAAUUCAUUGUGACGGGCUCUGGCGACAAGAAGGCCACAGUGUAUGAGGUGGUGUACUGAGGCCCCCACUGUCUCUGCCACUCUGAUAUUGGGGGCUGAGCCCCCUCCCCCCAACCCUGGGGCUGAGCCCCCAAACCCCCAGCACCGCUGCAGCCAGCCCAGCCCCACUGCUCCUUGGGCUGCUCCCUCCCGGUUCUCUUCUUGCAAGCUGGGGAGCGAGAGGUGACACUUGCCCCCCUCCCCAGCUCCCUUCCUGAUGUGUGGCAGAGGGGGGGCCGGAUGGG